UCUACAGAAUACAAAACAGACUCAAAUUACAAAUAGUUUGACAAUUAAAAAUAAAUACAAGAAAUUUUCAUUCUUAAAUUCUUAUUUACAAAUUUUUCAAACAAAACAGAAAUGGACUUGAAGCAAUUGGAAGUUGAAGCACGACAAGCUGCAUUGAAAGAUGUUAAAAACAUGUUACAAAAACCAGGGCAAUUGGAAAAAGUUGACCAGUACAAGAAGAGAAUAGGAAGAAAAAAAGCCUCUGCAGAAUCUCUAUUAAAAUCCGGUAUGCAAAAUCAGCUUGAAGGUGUUAGAGUGGGACUAAAACAAUUAGAAACGUGCUUAUCCGAUGUUAAAGAUGUAAUGAUACGGGUAAAAGAGGUAAAUGAUUUAUUAGCUGCCGUCCCAGAAAUUUACGACGCUUUAGAACCAGUUCGGGAAGAGAAUAUCAAGCAUUCACAAUAUGCGACUACUAUGGAAAAUUUAAAAAAUAUCUUCAAUGUGGAAACAAGUGUUGAAAAAACUUUACAACUCAUUGAAGAAGACAAAUUAUUAAAUGCCCAUCAGUGUUUAGCCGAACUAGAAAAUUCAAGAGAUGAUUUGCUAUACGAGCUUCACAAGCAACCUAAACAAUAUGCUAAAGCUUGUGACAAGAUCACAUUAAAAAGACAUUUCGAAAAAGUUGAGACUGUAUCAAAACGGUUGGAGAAAAAAAUUCGUUUGAUAUUAUUUCGAACACUGAAUACAGUUAGAAAAGAACCAACAAUUAUUGUCACAGCUCUUCGAAUAAUCGAAAGAGAGGAAAAAUCUGAUCAGUUUGCUUUACAACAGCAGAAAGUUACAGGAUUUCUUCCACCUGGAAGACCUAAAAAAUGGCGAGAAAUGGCAAUGGGUGUUCUCUCUGUCGCGGUUGAAGAUCGAAUAGAAGGUUCAAAAUUAGAAGAUAAAACUGAAAAACUUUGGCUUGUACGGGACUUGGAAAUUACAAGAAAAAUAGUGUUGGAAGAUUUAAGAGUGGUUAAAUCUUUAUGCGUUCCUUGCUUUCCUCCAGAUUAUGAUAUUUUCAAUGAGCACGUAAAGAUGUAUCACAAUUCUUUGGCAAAUUAUCUCGAUAGAACAAUUAACACCGGAUUAGAGGGCAAUGAAUAUGUUUCUUUAUUGUCUUGGGUGAUGAACGUUUAUACAGGUCAAGAAUUAAUGUCCCAUCCUGAUUUGCAAGUUGACAUUUCAAAGAUCGCGGGACCUUUACUAAAACCAGAACAGCUUCAAGAACUCGAGAAAGAGUAUCUAGGAAAUAUGGAAAGAAAUUAUCAAGAAUGGAUGACAAAGACUUUAGAUGCAGAAAAACAGGAUUGGUUUUCAGAAAACCCACCAGAUCAAGAUGAACAGUAUUAUCAAACUUCAGCUCCCGUCAUAAUAUUCCAAAUGAUAACUCAACAUUUACAAGUGACAAAUACCAUAAGUGCUGAUGUAACAUUUAAUGCUUUAGUAUUAAGUAUAAGGCAGAUGGAAAUAUUUGGACAAAAUUAUCGUUCUGGUGUAAUUGAAAUUAAAGAACGUCAUUUCAAAAAUCGUAAUCAAAUAAAGUAUUUUACACAUCAUAUAAUAACUGUUGUUAAUAAUAGUCAACAAAUCAUUGAACUUGCUCAACAAAUGAAGCAAUUGUACUGGCCUAAAUCACGUACAGAACAUUAUGAAGAUUUUGAAAGACUAAUUAAAACAUUCCAAAGAAAUCGAGAAGAAGCAGCAAUAUAUUUAUUAGAAGAAGCUUUUCUUGAUUUAGAAGUUAUAUUCAAUGAACUUUUUACACCUAAAUGGUUGCAAAGCCGUAUAUCAAUUAAAACCAUUUGUGCGACCUUAGAAGAUUAUUUCUCAGAUUAUAUUCAUUUAAGACCAAAUAAUUUUGAGCUUGUUAUAAAUGAAGCUCAAAUAAUGGUAGCAAAAAGAUAUAUAAAAGCUUUAUUAUCAAAACGUUUGUCAAAACCGAGAAAUGAAAUUGAAUUAGUUACAAAGUAUAUAAAUUUUGAUGCAAGAGAAAUAAAAAUGUUUUUCGAAGAGAAAGCACCAAAUUUAUCUAUGAAUGAAUCACCAAUUGACUUAAUUCCAGUUUUAGCAAAUCUUUUAGUUUGUGACAUUGAACUAUUAGUUUUGGAUUUAACAACUCUUCUUGGCAAUUAUCCAUCAUUAAAUGAGGAACAAAUUGUACGUUUAUUUUAUUUACGAAAUGAUGUUAAAUCAGGUGAAGUAAGAGAAAAGUUUAAAGAUGGUAUGCGAACAAAGAAAAAUCUUGUUAGUACAGCUAAAUAUGAUAUUAUAUUUAAAGAAAUUGUAUUUAGCGAUAAAUUAUGGUAAAUUUAUAUUACGGAAUAUUUAUCAAAUAAAGUUUGUUUAUUAAUAUUUUAUUCAAAUAUAGCUACAUA